CUCCCCACAGGUGUGUCCCUGGGCUCUGGCUGCCAGCCCCCACUCCGUGCCCGAGACAUCCGCUGAAGUCACCAGCCACGAGACCCCAACCAGCAGACACAGGCUAGCCAGUGACCUGCCAUGGAAGGUGCCGAUGCCUGCAGGAGCAAUGGGGCCAGCCCGGAAGCCAGGGACGCCCGCAGCCCACCGGGUCCCAGCGUCAGCCUAGAGAAUGGCACUAAAGCAGACAGUAAGGACACCAAGACAACCAACGGGCACAGUGGGGAGGUGACAGAGGGCAAGACCCUGGGCAGUGCCCUGAAGUCAGGGGAGGGGAAGAGUGGCCUAUUUUCCAGCAACGAGUGGCGCAGGCCUAUCAUCCAGUUCGUGGAGUCUGUAGACGACAAAGGCUCCAGUUACUUCAGUAUGGACUCUGCGGAAGGAAGGAGGUCCCCUUAUGCCGGGCUGCAGUUGGGGGCUUCCAAGAAACCUCCUGUGACCUUUGCUGAGAAGGGGGAGCUGCGAAAGUCCAUCUUCUCCGAGCCCCGCAAACCCACGGUGACCAUCGUGGAGCCCGGGGAAGUCCGCAGGAAUAGCUACCCCAGGGCUGACUCCAGCCUCCUGGCGCGGGCUAAGUCGGGUUCCGAGGAGGUGCUGUGCGACUCCUGCAUCGGCAACAAGCAGAAGGCCGUCAAGUCCUGCCUGGUGUGCCAGGCUUCCUUCUGUGAGCUGCAUCUGAAGCCCCAUCUGGAGGGCGCUGCCUUUCGGGACCACCAGCUGCUCGAGCCCAUCCGGGACUUCGAGGCCCGAAAAUGUCCCUUGCAUGGCAAGACUAUGGAGCUCUUCUGUCAGACCGACCAGACCUGCAUCUGUUAUCUCUGCAUGUUCCAGGAGCACAAGAACCACAGCACCGUGACGGUGGAGGAGGCCAAGGCCGAGAAGGAGACCGAGCUGUCACUGCAAAAGGAACAGCUGCAGCUGAAGAUCAUGGAGAUUGAAGAUGAGGCUGAGAAGUGGCAAAAGGAGAAAGACCGGAUCAAGAGCUUUACCACCAACGAGAAGGCUAUCCUGGAGCAGAACUUCAGGGACCUGGUGAGGGAGUUGGAGAAGCAGAAGGAGGAAGUAAGGGCUGCACUGGAGCAGCGGGAGCAGGAUGCUGUGGACCAAGUGAAGGUGAUCGUGGAUGCUCUGGAUGAGAGGGCCAAGGUGCUGCAUGAGGACAAGCAGACCCGGGAGCAGCUGCACAGCAUCAGUGACUCGGUGCUGUUCCUGCAGGAAUUUGGUGCAUUGAUGAGCAAUUACUCUCUCCCUCCACCUCUGCCCACCUACCAUGUCCUGCUGGAGGGAGAGGGGCUGGGACAGUCUCUUGGCAACUGCAAGGAUGACUUGCUCAAUGUGUGCAUGCGUCAUGUCGAGAAGAUGUGCAAGGCCGAUUUGAGCCGCAACUUCAUCGAGAGGAACCAUAUGGAAAAUGGUGGGGACCAUCGUUACAUGAACAACUACGCAAGCAGCUAUGGGAACGAGUGGAGCACGCCUGACACCAUGAAGAGAUACUCCAUGUACCUCACACCCAAGGGUGGGGGCCGGACAUCCUACCAGCCAUCCUCGCCCAGCCGCCUCUCCAAGGAGACCAACCAGAAGAAUUUCAACAAUCUGUAUGGCACAAAAGGCAACUAUACCUCCAGGGUCUGGGAGUACACGUCCACUGUUCAGAACUCCGAGGACAUGCCCACGGUGCAAGGCAACUCCUCCUUCUCCCUGAAAGGUUAUCCCUCCCUCCUCCGGAGCCAAGUUCCCAAGGCCCAGCCUCAGACUUGGAAAUCUGGCAAGCAGACUCUACUGUCUCACUAUCGGCCAUUCUACGUCAACAAGGGCAGUGGCAUCGGAUCCAACGAGGCGCCCUGAGUUCAGGACGAAGGAAGCUCCACUCCCCCAUCCUCCUGUUGCUCCUGCUUUGCAAGCUGCUGCUCUUUCUCCUGGGCAGGAGCCCAGCCCCACCCUGCCCCCACACGGUCUCUAGCAGCCCUACCAGGGCACCCUCGCUUCCUCUGCUCCUUUCUGCUUGGUGACAGACAGUCACUGUGACUUCUAGGUGUGAGGCCACGUGAUCUACCACAGGGGCGUGAGACAGCUGGGCUCCUUUCUCAUACACCAGGCUCACACAGUGCCAGUCUGUCCACCUGCCCAGGCUCUGCCGUGUCAGGCUGGGUGACCGUUUCCUUCCACCAGGUACCUAGUUAUGGCAGCCUCUUUGCUCCCGUCCCUUGGGCUCAUGUUGUAUUGGCAGCCUGAGCCUGUCAGGAGGAGAUGGGUCCCGUGUGUCCUCUUGCAUCCCCCUUACUACAGUAUGGCUGGCCUUGGCCACGCCUUCGGGGAUGCUCUCAGCAUCUUGGCUUUUUCCUGGUCCAGCAGAGAGGUUCUGCCAUGUCCUCUUUGAGGCCACAAAACCGGAGAAUGGUCUAUGCUAUCUGGCAAGAGGAUCGUAGCCUAGACAUUUCUCUGCCAUUGCUUGGAAGAGCAGUUCCCCAGGUGCGCCACAAUCUACUCAUGAAAAUUGGCCUGUAGAUUUUCACGACUAUGGGAAUUUGGUGCUCUUCACAGUAAUGGCCAGCAGGAGGGCUGGUAAGAGUGGCUUCACUUAAGACGUACCACCCGUAUCAGGAGAGCCAGCCUCUAUGUCACUGGGCUUUGAGAGGGCCAAAUCAGGAACAGUACUGGGUAUUGGGAGCUUGUCUCCCACCCUGGGUGAUGGGGCCUCAUGAGUCAGCUUGCAGGGGUGGGGAGGGGGGCACUUUUGGCUUGGGCUUCCCCCUCCCUGAAUAAACCGUUUGUCUCUUUA